UCCGUUAGUUAAUUUCUUUUUUAUGAAAUAAUACUUCUGCUAUAAAAAGCCCUCUGCACAUUACAUUUAUUUGCAAUAAAACCGAGACAGACUUUACAAGAAGUACAAGAAGAUGGUUGCAGUUGAAAGAGUUGAGAGCUUAGCGAAAAGCGGGAUCAGCUCUAUCCCAAAAGAAUACAUCCGUCCAAAAGAAGAGCUCGAGAGCAUCAACGACGUGUUCCAAGAAGAGAAAAAAGAAGACGGUCCACAAGUCCCCACCAUCGACCUCCAAGACAUCGAGUCAGAAGACGAAACCAUCCGUGAGAAAUGCAUAGAGGAGCUCAAAAAGGCGGCUAUGGACUGGGGAGUGAUGCAUUUGAUCAACCAUGGUGUACCGGUUGAACUAAUGGAGCGUGUGAAGAAGUCAGGAGAAGAGUUCUUCGGUUUACCCGUGGAAGAGAAGGAGAAGUAUGCAAACGAUCAAGCCAGCGGAAAGAUUCAAGGGUAUGGAAGCAAGUUGGCUAAUAACGCGAGUGGACAGCUUGAGUGGGAAGAUUACUUCUUCCAUCUUGUUUAUCCUGAAGACAAGAGAGAUCUAUCACUUUGGCCUAAGACACCAACUGAUUACAUUGAAGCUACGAGUGAGUACGCUAAGUGUCUUCGUUUGCUAGCAACAAAAGUCUUCAAGGCUCUCUCUAUCGCCCUAGGCUUAGAGCCUGACCGUCUAGAGAAAGAAGUUGGUGGUUUAGAAGAGCUUCUCCUCCAAAUGAAGAUAAACUAUUACCCGAAAUGCCCUCAGCCUGAGCUAGCACUUGGCGUGGAAGCUCACACAGAUGUAAGCGCUCUGACCUUCAUUCUACACAACAUGGUUCCGGGCUUGCAGCUGUUCUACGAGGGUAAAUGGAUCAUUGCAAAAUGUGUUCCUGAUUCGAUUGUGAUGCAUAUUGGAGAUACGUUGGAGAUUCUUAGUAACGGGAGGUUUAAGAGUAUACUUCACCGUGGGUUGGUGAAUAAGGAGAAGGUAAGGAUUUCUUGGGCUGUGUUUUGUGAACCACCAAAGGAUAAGAUUGUGCUUAAGCCGUUGCCGGAGAUGGUGAGUGUUGAGUCUCCGGCUAAGUUUCCUCCAAGGACGUUUGCUCAGCAUAUUGAGCAUAAGUUGUUUAGGAACAAGCAAGAGGAGUUGGUAACUGAGAAAAAGGAUGAAGUCUGAGUCUGAAACUCUAUGUUUGAGUUUCUCUUUUAUCUUAUGUUUGUGUAUUUAUCUUGUCUUUGAUGUGUGUCUUAUUAAAGAUUGUGAAGACUAUUUCUAUGGAUUGUGUCAUUGUAAUAUGUUAAAAAAAAUUGUAUGAUUUGUAACAAAGUAAGCGUUAGAAAAAAAUAUGUGUAGAAAGAUAUAUGCUCUAUGAACCACAUGUGUAUUAAGAAGUUGAGAGUAUUUCUGAUUUACAUUUUCUGUUUUUUUUUUCUUUUUCUUAUGCUACUAAAUGUAAAAAAAGAGAUGUAAGAAGUGAAGAAUCCAGUUUGCUUUUGCCUUCUUU